GUGGAACUCCAAAAUAAAAAUGGGCCAACAAGAUUUUACUACCUGGGAAUCAACAACAAAUCUCUCACACAGUUAGCUUGUCCUAAACAUGAUUCAAAACACAAAACCGUAAUCCACAAACAACUUCCACACAGAGAGAUUUCAGUUCUGUUCUAAGGAAACAGCUUAACGUGGUAUAAACACGUAUUAACACCAAAUUUCUCUCGCAGGAUGUUGAUCAUGACUAACGUGUAGUAUCGAAUGAACAAUCCUCAGGAACGAAAUAUUCAUAAUAAAAAGCUAAAAACGACAUAUUACGUUUCACGUUAAGCAAAUUCCCCAUUAAUAAACAGCUAAACACAGUGUGUUAUUACAUCACAGCACUGCUGAGUUCUGCAUUCUGAUUGGUCAUCGGGUGUUGAUUAAUUCAUUUUCUUUAACACGCUGACUCUAAUACGUUAUCGUUUCCAUAGUAAGAGCAAAGAGAUGUUUCUUUAUUUAACAUGUAUGGAAGGAAGGAGUCUCCAGGGUCAAAGUUUACCUUAAACGAAAACUUGUCUCGCAGAUAUUCCACAACAUUAAACAGAUUUUUAAAAAAUAUUACGGUGUCGUUCUUUCAUUAUUAUUAUUAUUAUUAUUUUUAAAUUAAUUGUUAGCAAAUUACUGUGGUGUAAGAGGAAUAUAACACGCACAGUUGUAGGAAAAGAAACAACCAUGGGGUGGUAAGCAACAGUAUCUCCUCUUCAUCACACCGAUGGUGAUGCUCUUGAUGAUUAUUUUCCUAUAACAGCACACCAUGGAGGGUUUUCCAUCUUGUGAAUCAGUGAGCUAGAAACACUAAACUUCUCCCACACUUUAUUGAACACUUUUUUUUUUUUUUUAAUGAAACUAAAUAUAAAGAACAGAGUUUCAUGUUAAGCUUUUUUCCCCCAUUGUAAACAUUUAAAACGCAAUAUAAAUGUACAUAUAAAGAUUUGGUGUGGAUUGUUGUGUUGUUGCUGUGUGACUUGUGGCAGGAAGAACACACCGUGAGACGUUAGUGAAACAGAAGCAGCUCUUGAAUGCUGCACGAUCAUUUCGUCAACGCGUUCAGGUGACGGAGCAGCACUGUGUACCUGUCUCACCUGAGCUCUCUCUCUCACACACACACACACACACACACACACACACAAAAACACAAAUCUCAACGUCUAAUUACAUAAACGCAAUAUAAAUGUACAUAUAAAGAUUUGGUGUGGUUUGUUGUGUUGUUGCUGUGUGACUUGUGGCAGGAAGAACACACCGUGAGUCGCUGAGGUGCAACGUUAGAGCAGCUCUUGAACGCAGCACGAUCAUUUCGUCAGCGCGUACAGGUGAAUGAGCAGCACUGUGUACCUGUCUCACCUGAGCUCUCUCUCUCUCACACACACACACACACACCAGACUGAAGAAUGGGGGGAGAGGAACUCAGGAGCAGCAAUAGAAAUCCCAGUGGACACUUUUCCACACUUCUCCUGCUCAUCUUGACGGCUCACACAGACGGAAUCAUGAACCCAGAUCUGUUCCACGCCCAAACAUCACACCUGGAAAACUACCAGAUCGUCAUACCUCAGCUUGUGCACAAACGAUGGCAGAGACACGACGACUUUACACAAACACACAGACAGAGAGCAGAUCCCGAGAGUCUGACCUACUCGAUUGAGAUAGAUGACACUGUUCACCUCUUACAUCUAACCAAAAACAAAGAAUUUUUAUCUCCUGAUUUCGCUGUGGUCUCCCAUGACGUGCAUCGCAACUCCACGACGAAGCACAGAGAGAAACCUGUGCUGUGUCAUUACUACGGCCGAGUCUCAGGUUAUGAGGAAUCUCUGGUGGCUCUGAGCACCUGUAAUGGACUCAGGGGCGUCAUUUUCAUCGGCAACAAGAGUUACGCCCUUGAACCCGCUUUGCACGCCGCGAACAACGAGCACAUCCUGUUUCCCCUGGAGAACAGUCGGUCGGAUCCGUUUGUGUGUGGGGUGGACAGCGAACGCGAUUGCGGCGAGGACGGCUCCUGCGACCACACCUUGUCGAUGGAGACGUUUUUACGGAAAAAACGCAACCUGCCUCAGACCAGAUACGUGGAGCUGGCGUUAGUAGUGGACAAUCUGAGGUUUGUAUUCAUGAAGAGCAACCGCACUGCUGUGAGGGAUGAAAUGGUCCAGAUUUCUAAUUUAUUGGACACGUACUACCGGCAGCUGAAUAUCCGCAUCGUCCUGGUGGGUCUGGAGAUUUUCGAGACGAGCAACCCGUUCGACGUGGGGGGAGACCCGAGAGUGGUUUUAGGACAGUUUGUCAAGUGGAGGAAAGCGAACCUGACAUCGCGCAGCGACAUGGGCCAGCUCGUGGUGGGUCAAAAAGGAGCGUACACUGGAGGGAUUUUGGGCAUGGCCUACGUCGGGACUGUUUGCUCAGCAAGCAGCGGCGGAGGAAUUAGCGUGUAUGGCGACAAUGGGUUUCAGUAUUAUUCCACGGUGCUGGCUCAUGAGAUGGGCCACAAUCUGGGCAUGACCCACGACGACACGCGCUGCCAGUGCGACGGACGCAACUGCAUCAUGUAUUCGACCGCCACCGGAUCGACUCUGUUCAGCACGUGCAGUGGUACGGAUUUUGAGAACCUGGUCUUGCGUGGAGGAGGCGCGUGUUUGCUGAACCAGCCGCCUCAGGACAGCGUCAUCUCCGUGGCCCAGUGCGGCAACGGCAUCCUGGAGGCGGGGGAAGACUGCGACUGCGGACCGCCCCAGAGCUGCAACAGUAAAUGCUGUAACGCGGCUACGUGCACUUUCACAAAGGGUUCAGCCUGCGCUGCUGGCCUCUGCUGCAAAGACUGUCAGAUUGUGGUGUCUGGUACGCCCUGCAGACAAUCUGUGAACCAGUGCGACCUGCCGGAGUACUGCAACGGCACAUCCGCGUUCUGCCCUUCAGACUUCUAUCUAAUGGACGGCCUUACCUGCGAGGGCAGCACCGCCUACUGCUUCGAGGGCCGGUGCCAGACGCUGGACUACCAGUGCAAGCAGCUCUUCGGCCAAAACGCAAUAAAAGCCAACGAUCAAUGCUUCAGCUACGUGAAUACACAGGGCACCAAGUUUGGAAACUGCGGUUACUCCGGAUCCAGUCUGGUCCCGUGUUCUGUGGACAACUCCAUGUGUGGGAAGGUACAGUGCACAAACUUUGACUCGAACUACCCCCCGGCCGGGGCAGUCAUCAGCGUCCAGGACAUAGCACCAGGGGUCUCGUGCAGGAACGCCGAUUUCAACCUGGGAACAGACGUCCUGGACCCGGGAUACGUUAAAACAGCGACAGUGUGCGCUGCAGGCAGAGUCUGUGUGAACUUCCAGUGUGUGAAUUCAUCCGUGCUGACACAAGGCCAGAAGUGUGAUGCUGUAAAGGACUGCAAUAGCAAUGGGGUGUGUAACAAUAACGCCCACUGUCACUGCAACAAUGGCUGGGCUCCUCCUGACUGCAAAACAUGGGGAAGAGGAGGCAGUGUGGAUAGUGGACCUGCUCAAAUAGAUUACACGCUGAGGAAUGGCCUGUUGAUCUUCUUCCUGUUGGUGCUGCCCGUUCUGGUGCUGCUGGUGUUGGGUUUUCUUUACAUAUUCAGACGGGACUCUCUAAACAGGUGCUUCAGGCGCCGACGGUCCAAACAGAGCAGGGCGACCGAAGCGAGCGCUCCGAGGAACGGCCAGCCAAGCGGAAACGUACAAAGACCUGCACGUCCUCCACCGCCAACGCAAGGUCCUCCUACGUAUCCACAGUAUCCGUCUGCCACCUCUGGAGCUCAGGCAAGUUCUAACAGUCAGGGUUCUGGUGGCGUGCAGCCUGCGAUUUUUACUACUCAGCUUCCCAGAAAUGGACCUGGAGUUCCUCGACCCAUUCCACCCAGGAACAUCGUCACUUGAGCAAACUCAGAGAAGGAUGUUUGUGGAAAGAUGUGAUGCUAAUCAUCACAGUGAAGAAAUGACCUGCUAGGCUCCAGUGUUAUGUAAUAUCAUUCUGUCAAUGACUAUUCGAAACAUGUUUUAAUUAUUUUUUUAAUGGUUUACAUAUUUGAGAUUAUUCGGUUGUUAUCUGGUUGUUGUUCGGUUGUUAUUCGGCUGUUAUCUGGUUCCCUCAUUACCUGUGAUUUUUUUUUUUUUUUACACACACACACACACACACACACACACAGUGUCUAUAUAGAUUUAACUGCUGUUACGUAUUUUAUCUAGGUUAAGCUAUUUUACCCAUGGCUGAGUCUAAACAUAUAUUUUUUUAAAAAUAAAACAAUAACGCAAGAAAGCAGGAUUUAUGACUUAGUCAAGAUCUACAAAUCGGUGACGCUAAUAUCAGUAUCCGUGCCAACCUGUGCUAUGAAAUUGACCUGGAACUUCGUGGAAGUAAAGAAAAGUUUAAUCCAACUUCCGAGCGUAAUCUGGCUAGGUCAGUGUGCCACCGAAUCUGACGGCGAAGUCACCAAACAGGAAGUGAGGCUGUAUCUAAGCACCAACUUUGCACCCUGACACAAAUCUUGGUAGGCAUCCUCAGGACCGUGCCCCGAGGCUGUGCGACAAAUUUUGUGACAGCGCCACUUAUUGGUCAAUAAUUACAAUAACAAGUUCACAAACGCUUCCAUCCGAGUGCCAUUUUUGCUGCUCCUCGCUGCGUUCCUUUUUCUAAUCCGUGUCAAAUAUUAAAUAAAGAUUUAAGAGAAAACACUGGAGGUGAGG